AUGGAGACCCCAGGACUGGUUGUUCGUGGGCAGGCUGCGCCCUUCUGCGCAGCACUCCGCAGCCUCAUCAACAACCCCCAAUACAGCGAUGUGUGCUUUGUGGUUGGCCAAGAGCGGCAGGAGAUAUUUGCCCACCGAUGCCUGCUGGCCUGCAGAUGCAACUUCUUCCAGCGACUCCUGGGAAUGGACCCAGGGCCCAGGGUGCCUGGGCCGGUGGUGCUGAACACAGUGCCAGCAGAUGCCUUUCUGGCAGUGCUGGAGUUCCUGUACACCAACAGUGUCCAACUGCAGCGCCACUCCGUGCUGGAGGUGCUGACAGCAGCUGUGGAGUACGAGCUGGAGGAACUGCGGGAGCUAUGCCUGGAGUUCGUGAUGAAGGUGCUGGAUGUGGAGCUGGUUUGUGAGGCUCUACAGGUGGCUGUAACCUUUGGCCUUGUGCCCCUGCAAGAGCAUUGCAUAGCCUUUAUAGAGGCUCACAGUCAGGAAGCCUUGAGGACUCGUGGCUUCCUGGAGCUGUCUGCGGCAGCGCUGCUGCCCCUGCUGCGCAGUGACAAGCUGGGCGUGGAUGAGGCCGAGUUGAUCCAGGCUGCCAGGAGCUGGGCGCGAGUGGGAGCGGCGGUGCUGGAGCGGCCUGUGGUGGAGGUGGCAGCUCCCGUGGUACCAGAGCUGAGACUGGCCUUGUUGGCCCCAGCGGAGUUGAGCGCUUUAGAGGAGCAGAACCGGCGGGAGCCGCUCUUUCCGGUGGAGCAGAUCGUGGAGGCAUGGAAAUGCCACGCUCUGAGGAGAGGAGACACAGCCCCAGGCGCUCCGUGCCGCCGCCGGAGGGGCACCUUGCCUCGGGAGCAUCACCGAUUUCUGGAUCUGCCCUUCAAGUGA